AUGCUUCGCAUGAGCCAGGUUUAUGCGGUUCCUGACCGGCAUGUUAGAUAUGCUGUGACAAAAGCAUUUUUCGGUGCCAAAAUGAUUGAAGGGUCUUCUAUACAGGAGCAUGGGGUUGAGGUGCAAUCCCUUGUGGAGAAGCUCAAGGACUUUAAGGCUGAUCUUGGAAAGGAUACGUACAUUGACGUGAUCCUUCAGUCUCUCCCUCCUUCCUCUGACUCGUUUAUUUACGGCGCAACGAUUGAAAAGUCUGCGCCGUUAGUAUUGGUAGGGGAGGCUUCAAUCUCAGAAGCGAAAGGCAAAAGGGCUGGACGCUCGAGGAGUAAGAAGCGUAAGACAAAAUUAGCUAUUGCAAGGGCUCAGAGUGCUCUUGUUUUCUAG